AUGCUUGCACAUACGCAUAGGAAUCAGACUCUUAGUGGGGAUGGUGCACAAAAGAUCAACGAAUAUAUUGUCGACAUUCAAGAGGUCACAAAAUUGACUCAAGAAACCGAAGCAAUCCAGUAUGCUUUGUUACAUUCCAAAUUGAGCGGUGAGGCAAAACAAUGGUACAACGAUAAUAAGGACGAAUUGAAAGAUUGGCGUGCUCUCACUGAUGGACUAACAAAACGAUUUAAACCGUUUCGAUCAUCCCAAAUGUUAUCCGACAAAUUACUUAGUCGGAGACAACAGCAAAAUGAAUCGAUUAAUCAUUAUUAUGAUAACGUUCGUCGAUUAUGUCAAGAAGUACAUCUCGAUAUGCCGCCUACGAUGAUUGUACAAUAUUUAAUAAGUGGUGUUCGGGAAGAUUUUAGAAAAGAAAUAUCUCGUACAUUACGAACACAUGAUGUUCAUAGUCCGGAAUCAUUUCUGCAUGCUGCGCUUCGGGAAGAAGAAUUAGACUCCACCGAUAAUCAUUCACGACCUACAACCCAACCAUAUUUUGCGUAUGGAAAUUCGUUUUCGGGGAUGUCAACUGCGGUACACUCGAAUUCAAAUAGAUUUCAACGACAACCUCUCUCAACGCAAACAAUACCGAAUCAAUAA